CCAGGAAGUAAACAGCAACAAGUGAAAAUGGAAAGUAAAGAUUCAAAACUAAUAAAGAAAACGGGCAGGAAAACCCCUAAGUACUGUUGUAUUUGUAAAGGAAUUUACAGAGGAAAGGUUAUUGAUGGGAGAAAAGUGUCAUUGCACCGUUUUCCUCAGAACAAACGUUUAAAACGUGUGUGGGUGCAGCGAUGUAAAACGGUCAUGAGAUCGUUCCAGUGGAAUGAACACAGACGAUUGUGUAGUGAGCAUUUUGUUGGCUUCAGAGGACCUUCAUUCCAGCAUACACUUCCAUCUAUGUUUCCAACUGAGACUGGUGCUACCAAAACCUUCCAGCCAACGCUCCUUGAUGAAGACGUAGGUGAUGAUGAUGAUGGUGAUACGGUCAAUGACGAUUUAGACCUAGAACUGUCAAAUGAUGAUAGUAUACAGCCACAACUGUCAUUUGUAUCCCCUUCCGGGCAUGCCAUUGAUACCUCUGUCCACCUGCAUGAUUACUGCAUGGGACCAGUACUACAGCCACAGAAUCAGUCCUUUAGGUAUUGUUCAAUAUAUAUAUAUAUAUUGCUUCUUGUGCUAUGAAAUCGAUCUGAUAAGUUAAUUACUUCUGAUCAUUUUUCUUCAUUCUUUAACAAAAAUAGGAAAAUUUAAGUGUUUGUAAAUG